GGCUAACAUACCCCGAAAGCGCGGGGAAAUAUAAUAUUACUAUACUAUACUGUCAUGGUAUGAUAUUGCUGAACCGAGGGCAAACAACGGCGGCGUACUUUGACAGGCAAUCUCGUUCAUGGAAAGCUACUCUAUUAACGCCUCCAAAGUGCUUCCCCGCCUUUCUCCGCAAUCUAGCUCAUUUAUCCCCACAAACUGACAAAAUAACCAUGUCGCAAUUCGGGCACGUCGGGGUAUCAUACCCCAGAUCAGAAGCAUUCCAUAGUGAUCUGCCUCUUUUUCUCUUUUCCCCAGAAAAAUGCAAUCUGACUGCGUCAUUAGGCGCAGUAGCCGGCCAUGGCAAGCUGGGGAGUGCGAGAACUACAAAACCAUGGAGUUUACCCAUUUGUGAGUGGUUCAGCGAUCAAGGCGAGUUCUGAAUUCCCUAUCCGUCAGUCAUCAUGGCAAAAUCAAAGUCAGUUUUGGCGAUUGUUCCGCUCUUCGUUUGUCUCUCGAAUCUUGUUGCCCCUACUCGGGCAUUCCUUACUGCAAAGGAUACAGGCCCUCAAUUGGUCAUCGCCAACGACAGACUCUAUGCUGCCGUCAACAAAACGACUGGCGCAAUCCAGAAUCUGAGCUUAGAUGGACAAGAUUUGCUUGGUGCCCCUGGAUAUGAAAACCCAACACCAGGAGGCGCUACCGGGAAUGGAGCAAGCGGCCUUGGGCCAUAUCUCGACUGUUACUGCACCCCGUCGGGCUUCUAUACUCCCGGGCACCUCGCUCCUAGGUAUCAGUUGAUCAAUGGCACCGACUCAUCCAAAACUAAGUACGGAGGCAUUGUGAUGAGCGAGACCUAUCCAGCAACUGGUCAGGUUCUUGAGCAGUAUUGGUUCCUGAGAGAAGGAGAGACCGGCCUGCACACUUUCAGCCGACUUACUUAUAACAACAAGACCACUCCCUUUUUGAGAAAUCUACAGGAGUUCCGCACUCUGUUCCGCCCGAACACAGCUCUGUGGACCGAUCUCUCCACAAAUGAGAAGCAAUACGCACCCUUGCCGUCCACAGAGGCCAAGGCGAAGCAGGUUACUGUUCAGGAUGCAACCUGGUACCUCGGCAACACACCGGAUGAUCCAUACGUGCAGCAGGAGGGUGAUUAUUUCACCAAGUACACUUUCCAGGAUACCUGGAGAGACCAUGAUGUCCACGGAAUGUACGCGGACGGCAAGUACAGUAACGAUGGCAGCACUUUUGGUGCCUGGCUCGUUAUGGGUGUCAAAGAUACUUACUUCGGAGGACCAUUGCAUUCGGAUCUGGUCGUAGAUGGUAUUGUGUAUAAUUACAUGGUGAGCAACCACCAUGGUGAUGGCACUCCCAACAUCACUGAUGGAUUCGACCGCACAUUCGGCCCAUCAUAUUUCCAUUAUAACAAGGGUUCCCCAACGACAACACUGCAAGAGCUCCGCCAGGACGCUCUGCAGUACGCCUCACCAGACUGGAACGCUGACUUCUACGACGACAUUGCCAAGUACGUGCCAAACUAUGUCCCAACCACCAAGCGUGGAACCUGGAAGGGACACGUCAAGCUCCCCAAGGGUGCCACCAAGCCGCUCGCUGUCUUGGCUCAGAACGGUGUCGACUUCCAAGACAAUGACCAAGAUACGAAAGCGUACCAGUAUUGGGCCGACAUUAACCCGAAGACUGGCAACGUCGAGAUCCCCCGCGUCAAGGAAGGCACCUACAGACUGACCAUCUACGCCGACGGUAUCUUCGGGCAGUACACCCAAGACAACAUUGUGGUCAAGGCCCGCAAGACGCAGAACACACACGUGAACUGGAGCGAGGAGAGCGCCGGCAAGGAAAUCUGGCGCAUCGGCACGCCCGACAAGUCCGCGGGCGAGUAUAAGCACGGAUACGAGCUGAACCUGGAAAAACCAUUACAGCCUGAGCAAUAUCGCAACUACUGGGCCGCAUAUGACUUUCCCACCGAGUUCCCCAACGGCGUCGUGUACAAGGUGGGCGAGAGCGAUGCCGGCAAGGACCUGAACUACAUUCACUGGAGUGUCUUCGGAGGCUACGGGAACUCGGUGCGCACGGAACCCUACUACGAGAAUGUAAAUAACUGGACCAUCCAGUUCGAUCUGACCAAGAAGGAGCUCAAUCACAAGAAGAAGGCAACCUUCACGGUGCAGCUUGCGGGCGCGAAGACUGCGGCGGGAAACACGGAUGUGUAUAACGCGUCGGAGCCCUUUGCGAAUCUCCCAUACACCGUUGCGGUUAAUGGGCGCGACCUGAAGCCUUGGGUUAUUCCGUACUACCACAGCAGUUCUUGCGGUGUGCGGUCGGCUGUUAUCUGCUACAACAUCGACAACAAAUUCGCGUUUGAUACGUCGCUGUUGGUCGAGGGUCUUAAUGAGUUCACUCUCAGUCUGCCAUAUAACGCUAUUGACUACGAGAGCGCGGUGUUGGCACAAUCCACGUAUGUGCAGUACGAUGCGAUGCGGUUGGAGAUUGAGUAGGGCUGCCUUUGACGAUAGUCAGAAGCUGGCGCGUGGAAGAUAUCUCUCCUGCGGAUAGACCUGUUAUUACAGGUUCUAGAUAGCCAUACUAUAGCUUCCAUAUAAUAAUCCUCUAUUUUUAAAUACGGGAG